ACUAAAAUCAUCUAUCUCCCUAUCAUACCAACCCUCCCCGCAUACAACGCAAAAUGUCCCCCCCAACCCUCUUCACCAUCCUCAAAUCCUCCUCCAUAGACCUCACCCCCUACGAAACCCUCUACAAACACUUCCACUCUCACCCCGAACUCUCCCGCCAAGAGAAAUCCACCUCGCAAACCCUCGCCGCCCAUCUCACCAACCUCCAAGUCUACGACCUCCACACCCAAAUCGGCGGCCACGGCCUAGCAGGCGUCUUCCACAAUGGACCCGGCAAAACCGUCCUCCUCCGCGCAGACAUGGACGCUCUCCCCAUCAAAGAACUAACCGGACUUCCCUACGCCAGCACCGCGACCAUGCCUGAUUCCUCGGGAAUCGAAACCCCCGUGAUGCAUGCCUGCGGCCACGACAUGCACAUCACGUGCCUUUUAGCCGCCGCGGAAACCCUCGCCAAGAUGCGGGAUGAGUGGAGCGGAACGCUCAUUGUGCUGUUCCAGCCGGAUGAGGAGCGGGGCGGUGGCGCGCAGGCCAUGGUCGAUGAUGGGUUGUACGAUAGGAUCCCAGUCCCGGAUUACGUCCUCGGACAGCAUGUGAUGAGGAUGAGGGCGGGGAGGGUGGGAUCACGUGCUGGGGCGAUCAUGGCCGCGGCGGAUAGUAUGAAGAUUACGGUGUUUGGGCGCGGGGGACAUGGUUCGCAGCCGCAUCAGACGGUUGAUCCGGUGGUUCUGGCGGCGCAUAUUGUGAUUCGGUUGCAGGGUAUUGUGAGUCGGGAGGUGGAUCCGAGUGAGUUGGCGGUUUUGACGGUGGGGAGUUUGCAGGCGGGACAGACGGAGAAUGUGAUUUCGGAUCGGGCGGAGAUUGGGGUGGAUUUUCGGUCGGUGAGGGUUGGGGUUCGCGAGCGGAUUAUUGCGGCCAUUAAGAGGAUUGUUGAGGCCGAGUGUUUGGCUAGUGGGUCGCCCAGGCCGCCGGUGUUUACCCCGACGAGACGGUUUCCGCCGACGGUCAAUGAUGGGGAUGUGGCGGGGAGAGUGGCGGGGGUGUUUGCGGGGCAUUUUGAGGAUUUUGAUGAUCAUGUCCCGAGGACGAAUGUGGCAGAGGACUUUUCGACUCUGGCGACGUGUAGGGACAUUCCGAGUUGUUUUUGGUUGGUGGGCGGGAUUGAUCCCGAGGUGUGGGAUAGGGCGCAGAGGGAGGGGCGUACGGAGGAGAUUCCGGGGAAUCACUCGGCGCUGUUUGCGCCGGUUGUUCAGCCGACCAUGAGGGUUGGGGUGGAUGCGUUGUGUUUGGGUGCGUUGACGUUUUUGAAGAAGUAAUGCCUUGGGGUGGGGGGACAAGCCAAAGGCUUUAUUUAGGGAGUAGAGGCUCAGUCUAUAAGGGGCAGAUGGGAGGUUACUAGACUACGGAUGAGAUCCAAUGAACAGAAUGGUAUAGACAUACAAG